CUCUCCUGCUCCACACCGAGUGAGUCAAGUCUCUGCAAGACUCUCUCUCUCUCUCUCUCUCUCUCUGUUUAUAAAUACUUCUGUCUCUCCGUCUCUCUAUCCCCUCCACCUCCUCUUCACUUCAACAGCAACUUGUGCUAUAAAAAAAAAAAAAAAACCAACUUGUGCUAGACAAUUCCACAAACACCUUGGACCAUCUCACUGCCACACUCCACCUCCAAAAUUCCUCGCAUUCUCCGGUCAGAUCGCCGGUUUCCGGCAUGGAAAUCCGAUACCGCCAAGCAUCCACCUCGCCGCCGGCCGUCUUCUCCGGCUAAAUGCCUCGUAACCACCGCCAAAGCCGCGGCCGUCGCCGCCACCAUGACGUUAUUUCUGCGCCACCAAGACUCCUUCUCUUGAUCCUCGGAAAUCCAUUGUUCACGCACCCAUUUGUGCGCUGAUCCUUCAAUGUCUACCGCCAAUAAUUCCACGCCCAUUGAUUUCUCCGACGACGCCGCCGCGAAGGCCGUGAACAAGCGGUACGAAGGCUUGGUCGCGGUCCGCAACAAAGCCAUAAAAGGCAAAGGAGCUUGGUACUGGGCUCAUCUCGAACCCGUUCUGGUGCGCAACAAUGAUACCGCCCUUCCAAAGGCUGUGAAGCUCAAGUGCAUCUUGUGCGACGCUGCUUUCUCUGCCUCGAACCCGUCUCGAACCGCUUCGGAGCAUCUUAAGAGGGGGACUUGCCCCAACUUCAGCGCCGUUCUGAAACCGUUUUCGUCCGUCUCGCCGUCGCCGUCGCCGAUAUCGUCUCUCCCCUCUCCUUCUUCCCACAACCACAGAAAGCGAAGUAACUCUCAUAUGGCGGCUACCACUCCUUCGUCUUCGUACCAAGUUCACUCGCUCGCCAUGGUCGACUCGUCGCGCUUCUGCGGCGAAUUAGGGUACAAUUCGCAGGUGCAAAACGCGGUUUCAAUUGCCGCUGCUGGGACAAAUGCGGGCUUUUCGCGACAGCAUUUGGUGUUAUCGGGCGGGAAGGAUGAUCUGGGUGCUCUGGCGAUGCUGGAAGAUAGCGUGAAGAAGCUUAAGAGUCCCAAGGCUUCGCCAGGGGCUCUUCUCAGCAAGGACCAGAUUGAUUCCGCGCUGGAUUUGCUCGCUGAUUGGUUCUACGAGUCUUGUGGGUCGGUCUCAUUUUCCAGUUUAGAGCACCCCAAGUUUAGAAAUUUUCUUAACCAGGUUGGUUUGCCAUCUAUCUCGCCGCGCGAGUUUUCGGGUUCACGGCUCGAUUCCAGGUUCGAUGAAGUUAAGAUGGAGUCGGAAGCUAGAAUUCGAGAAGCCAUGUUCUUUCAAGUGGCUUCGGAUGGGUGGAAGAACAAUAAUUUUGGUUUUUCUUGCGGGGAAGAGAAUUUGGUUAAGUUUGUCGUUAAUCUUCCCAACGGGACGAGCGUGUUUCAGAAGGCGGUGUUUGCCGGAGGAUCAGUACCGGUGCCGUCCAAGUAUGCGGAGGAGAUUCUGUGGGAGACGAUCACAGGUACGUGUGGUAGUGUUGUGCAAAGAUGCGUGGGGAUAGUUGCAGACAAGUAUAAAGCUAAAGCAUUGAGGAAUUUGGAAAUUCAGAAUCAUUGGAUGAUUAAUCUUUGUUGCCAGCUUCAGGGGUUCAUUAGUUUGAUCAAGGAUUUCAGCAAAGAGCUUCCACUAUUCAAGACCGUUACUGAAAAUUGCUUUAAGAUAGCAAAUUUCUUCAAUACCACUUCGCAGGUUAGGACUAGCUUCCGCAAGUUUCAAUUACAAGAACUUGAUCAUGCUGGGUUGCUUCGAGUUCCUUCACCCAAGUGUCAAAGCACCAACAACUUUGUGCAUGUUUGUGCAAUGUUUGAGGAUAUAAUGAGCCAUGCCCGGGUGCUGCAAUUGGUUGUUCUGGAUGAUUCUUAUAAGAUGAUAUGCGUAGAGGAUCCUGUUGCAGGGGAAGUUGCAGAGAUGGUUCAAGGUAUGAGGUUCUGGAAUGACUUGGAGGCUGUUCAUUCACUAGUUAAGCUUAUCAGAGGCAUGGCUCAGGAGAUUGAGGCAGAGAGGCCAUUGAUUGGACAGUGCCUCCCUCUUUGGGACGAGCUUAGAACCAAAGUGAAGGACUGGUGCGCCAAAUUCAACAUUGCUGAAGGACCUGUGGAGAAGAUAGUCGAGAAGAGAUUUAAAAAGAACUACCACCCAGCUUGGUCUGCUGCUUUUAUACUUGAUCCACUUUACUUGAUGAGGGACACAAGCGGGAAAUACCUGCCGCCAUUCAAGUGCUUGACGCACGAACAGGAGAAAGAUGUCGAUAAGCUCAUAACCCGGUUGGUUUCGAGGGAGGAAGCACACAUUGCGUUAAUGGAGCUCAUGAAAUGGAGGUCAGAGGGGCUAGACCCACUUUAUGCACAAGCUGUUCAGGUCAAGCAGCGAGACCCUGUGACAGGAAAGAUGAAAAAUGCAAACCCCCAAAGCAGUAGGCUUGUGUGGCAGACUUGCCUAAGCGAGUUCAAAUCCCUGGGGAAGGUUGCAGUGAGGCUUAUCUUUCUUCAUGCAACAUCAUGUGGUUUCAAGUGUAAUUGGUCUUUCCUGCGGUGGGUUUGUUUCCACGGGCACUCGAGGAUGGGGUUGGACAGAGCUCAAAAGAUGAUAUUUAUUGCAGCUCAUGCCAAACUUGAAAGACGAGAUUUUUCCAACGAGGAAGAAAAGGAUGCCGAGCUAUUUGCCAUGACAACUGUCUGCUGUUAAACCCAGAAAUGGGGCAUUUUCGUUGAAGAAUCCUUGUUCACAAUACCAGACAAACCAUAGCCUACAAGAUGUUCCGACAAAUCUACUAAGAAAUCUCAUGUUGCAUGUCGAACAUGGAACUUCCUUAGAGAAUUCUUGUUUACAGAAAUAUAUGUUUGGGCUGGGUGUCCACCAUAAGAUCAGGUCUGAAUAUGGAGCAUGUUGAGUUGGCUUCAGAAAGAAGAGAUUGCAAAAGGCGCAAUAAUAUAAUUGUUACAGAAUUUUUGGAAGUAUCUUUUUGCCACAAAAUAGUUUGGCUGAACCGGUUAGGUGGAUGCAAGCCAGACCUGGUCUCUAUGUGGGUCAACCUCUGAAGAACCCUGCAGUGGAUCUUCGUAGCUUGAGAAGCACUUUUGGUUCUCACUGUUAUAUUUCAUCUGCAUCUCAUAGUGCAUCCGUUUUCAACAUUUGCGAGCCUCACUAGUGAAGAUUGGACGUCCAUGUCAUUUAUGUCAUGGUCAAAGAAAAGUGGAGACUAAUGGGGCUUCUUCCCAUGACCUCUCACUAUUUAUUUAUAUUUAUUGAAUUUGUAUUUCAUCAUCUUCUGAUGAUUUGUCUCUUCACCCCUUGAACAUUCGAAUUCUUGUGAAACUCUACCUCUCCAGCUGGGUCCUUUUUCAAACUUUUAAUCUCAAAGUUGAAAAACUGG